AUGUUUCCGGAAUGUUCCAUUGCAGGCCCCCCGGCGUUUCCCGCAGCAGCGGAGGAAGAAGAGGAGGGAGGGGGGGGAGGGCCCGAGAACCCCCCCCCAGAACACAACUCGUUUGUGAUCCGGCUCUUUGACCGCAGCGUGGAGCUGGGGCAGUUCCCGGCGGGGACCCCCCUGUACCCCGUGUGCCGCGCCUGGAUCGGCCACUGCCCCGCCCCCGCCCCGCCCCCCGAGCAGGCCCCGCCCGGCUCCGAGUCGGUUCUGUCGCUGCCCCCGCCCGGCCCCGCCCUGGCCCCGCGCGUCCCCUCCCCCCUGGGCCCCGAGGAGGGAGCGGCGCCGCCCGACCAGGUGUUAGACCCCGCCCCCCAGAGUGUUAGACCCGCCCCCUCGAUUACGUCACUGAUCUACAAGAACAUGGACAGGUGGAAACGCGUCCGGCAGCGGUGA